CCGCCUCCAUCCCCCCCUCCCUCCCUCCCGCGCCCCAGGAUGACCCGUGCGCUCCCCGCUUGGGCGCCCGCGGCGGUCUUCCUCCUGGCACAUCUCAUAGGAGCCGGGGGCGCCUUCGAGCAUCAGAUCAUCAACUUUAAUUUCCAAACCGUGCAGGUGACCUGGGACGCAGGCCCGCCCUCGGGGACCAACCUGACUUUUCUCUACGGAUUUAAGGAGAAGAAUGACAGUGAAUGCCCCAACUACCUCCUUCAGAACGGACGCCGGGUUGGCUGCCUCCUGGUGGCCGAAGGCGAUACGAUUCUCAACUUUUCCGUCUGGAAUGGGACCCAGUGCCUCAAGAACAGGAGCCUAUGGAUCUCCGAUUAUUGGAGCCCACCCCUGUGCCCUCUCCCCUCCUCAGUGAAACCCAGCUCGCCGAGGGGUCUGCGUGUCCUGUGGCGUGAGGAGGCCGUGACGGUGACGUGUCCCGACCUGCCCUGGAAGGGCCUCCUGUACGAGGUUCAGUACAAGAGCUCCUUUGAUGGGGAGUGGCAGCCAAAGGCAGAAAGUACCUGCAACGUGACCAUCCAGGACUUGGAUGCUGAGAAAUGCUACUCCUUUCGAGCCAGAGUGACCGCCAUGAAGUCCUCCUAUGGCUCCACAACGUACCCCAGCGACUGGUCGGAGGUGAUCCACCAGCAGAGGGGGCAGCUACGAGAUUCGUGCCAGGAGGAACGGGUUUUCUCCAAAUCCGUUUUGAUUUAUGGCCUGGCCGCCCUCCUGCUCCUGCUCCUCCUCGUCCUGUGUGUGUGGAAACUCCAGAGGGUGAAAAGGCUGCUGAUGCCCAGUGUCCCGGACCCCAAGGCCACCUUCGCGGGGCUGUUUGAGUCCCACCACGGGAACUUCCAGGAGUGGAUUAAGGACACGCAGAACCUCACCCACUUGCAGAAGGUGGAGGACCGGGAGCCGGAGGAUGUGCUGAUGGAGGGCUUGGAAGUCCAGCCGUCCAAGGUCGAGGCCGAGACUCCUGUGACGACGAUGGCGGGCCCCCCGGGCCUGCAGACGGUGGAGAAGGAAACCUCUGGGACGCCCAGCCAGCUCCCAGGCCGGCCCCCACAAGGAGAAGAGGUGCUCGCCCUGGGCGGCUAGGUUACGAUGAGUGACAACUCUUAUGUGAUGCUCUGAGGGGGUGCGAAUUAAAAGCCAGCAUCUCGUCUGUGUUGACAUGGAAAGACCGAGGGGAACUUGUUGGCGACUCAGAGUUCACCCCCAGGAAAGGGGCACCCCUAAGCAAUAAUGCCAACACUUUGGGGGGUCACUAGAGACCCCCCACCCCCACCCGAUUGGGCCAACCAAUGGGUUUUACCCCUCACAGGUGUCAGUACUCAAGAGGUUGAAGGCGGACUCGUUGAAGGUGGGAGAGGAUUGAUUAGAGUGUUCCUUUAAAAAUACAUAUACAUUUUACUGAUUUCAGAGAGGAAGGGAGAGGGAGAGAGAGAAACAUCAUUGAUG